AUGACGGGUUUCACCACCUUGGCCUAUGUCGUACUUCUCAUGGCACUAGUCAUCUUACACAAUCUCAUUAAACUAUUUUGGUGCAAAAGCGUGAAAGGGCAAUCCAAGCCGCUCCCACUGCCUCCGGGGCCCGUCCCGUGGCCAUUCGUUGGCUGCGCCCCAGAUAUGCUCCAGAACAAGCCCGUGGGCCGGUGGAUCCUUCGUUGGAUGGAGGAUAUGGAUGCCGACAUCGCGUGCUUCCGCAUAGGGAACACGCACGUCAUUCCUGUAACCGACCCGAACAUUGCCCAGGAGUUCCUCAGGAACCAAGACGGCACAUUCAUGUCGAGGCCUGUAUCGAUGGCAGCCCAAGCGUUUAGCGGUGGCUACGCAACCACUGUCACCUCUCCCUAUGGGGAGCAGUGGAAGAAGAUGAGGCGGGUCCUAACGUCAGAGAUCAUAUGCCCGGCGCGACACAAGUGGCUCCACGACAAGAGGGCGGAGGAAGCCGAUAACCUAGUGAAGCAUGUCUUCAACCAAUGCCAAACCCUAGGGCAAGUGGACUUGAGGCACACGACAAGGCACUACUGUGGGAACGUGAUAAGAAGGUUGGUGUUCAACAAGAGGUACUUCGGCGAAGGAAGGCAAGAUGGAGGACCAACCAUUGAUGAAGAACAACAUGUGGACGCACUGUUCAACGCACUGAACUACCUCUACGCAUUCUGUGUAUCCGAUUACUUCCCAUUCUUGGUGGGGCUGGACCUUGAUGGGCAUGAGAAGGUAGUGAGAGAUUGCACGACGACGUUUCGGAGGUUGCACGAGCCAAUCAUAAACGAGAGAAUCGAGCAAUGGAGGAACGAUUCGAGUUCGCAGAGUAAUGGAAAAGAGCCUCAAGACUUGUUGGAUGUUCUUAUUAUGCUUAAAGACUCACGAGGGAAGCCAUUGCUAACGCCGCAUGAAGUCAAAGCGCAGGCUACGGAAAUUAUGAUGGCCGCAGUAGACAAUCCAUCAAAUGCAGUGGAAUGGGCAAUGGCGGAGAUGAUAAAUAGGCCCGAACUCCUUAAGAAAGCCAAAGAAGAAUUAGAUAGAGUUGUGGGACAGGAGAGGUUGGUCCAAGAGUCCGAUAUCCCCCAGCUCAACUACAUCAAGGCAUGCGCUAGGGAGGCCUUCAGGCUCCACCCGAUCGCGCCCUUCAACGUCCCGCACGUCGCCUUGUCGGACGCCGUCGUGGCCGGCUACCGCAUCCCUAGGGGCAGCCACAUCUUGGUGAGCCGGAUGGGCCUUGGCAGAAACCCUAGAGUGUGGGACGAGCCCCUCAAGUUCAAGCCGGAGCGGCACAUCAUGAGCGAUGCCGUGGAAGUCGUGCUCACGGAGCCUCACUUGCGAUUCAUUUCCUUUAGCACGGGCCGGCGCGGGUGCAUUGCCGCCCAGCUUGGGACAACGAUGACAGUGAUGCUCCUUGCCAGGCUAAUUCAGGGGUUCAACUGGAGCAUGCCCCCUAAUGUUUCGAACAUCAAUCUUAAUGAGUCGAGGAACGACUUGUCCCUUGCCGAGCCGUUGGUUGUUCAAGCUGAGCCGUGCCUACCGAACCAUCUCUAUCCAAUAUAGAGAAAUAUGUGAAUUUAGCAUAUUCUUCAUGUGACAUCUCAUAAUAUCACCCUAUCAAUCGAACUAUGUCCUAGACUUUUUAAUAAUUUAUUGUGAAAG